CACGGCGGGAAAGCGGUGACGUGAUUACGCACGGCGGCGGCGUGUGCGUGACGCAGUUGCCCAUGGUAACGCCGGAGCCGCGCGGAGGAUGGGUUUACUCUCAAUCCUGCGUAAACUGAAAAGCACCCCAGACCAGGAGGUAAGGAUCCUCCUCUUGGGACUGGAUAAUGCAGGCAAGACCACGCUCCUGAAACAGUUGGCAUCGGAGGACAUCAGCCACAUCACACCAACACAGGGCUUUAACAUCAAAAGCGUACAGUCCCAGGGCUUCAAGCUGAACGUAUGGGACAUAGGUGGACAGAGGAAGAUCAGGCCGUACUGGAGGAACUAUUUUGAAAACACUGAUAUCCUUAUCUAUGUCAUUGACAGUGCAGAUAGGAAGAGGUUUGAAGAAACGGGUCAGGAGCUGGCUGAGCUUUUGGAUGAAGAAAAGCUUAGUGGAGUCCCCGUGCUCAUAUUCGCUAACAAGCAGGAUUUGCUGACGGCUGCCCCUGCUUCAGAGAUUGCCGAGGGACUGAACCUACACACAAUCCGUGACAGAGUCUGGCAGAUCCAGUCUUGUUCGGCUCUUUCUGGAGAGGGAGUACAGGACGGCAUGAAUUGGGUGUGCAAAAAUGUCAAUGCUAAGAAGAAAUAAAGCGGUCUGAGCUGCAUGGAAAUGGAGGAGCGGUGGGAGCAGAAUUCUAGCCCGAAAACACUAAUUUGCUGCUUUCUGACCAAAUGUUUUUCCAUCUGUGCACAGCUACAGCUGUUAAAAGAAAAAAAAAAGAGCGAGAAAAAAGGGAACAACAUUGGUUAAAAUCUACUGCUGGAUUUGGAACUUGACCUGCUCUUUAGUAUCAUUUUUUAUCCCAAUAAAGGAAUGAUAUAUUUCCUCCCUAUGCAUAAAUAGUAUUAAAUGUCUGAUUAGCAAGCAAGUUUGUAAGCAGGAGCAAGGCUGUGAUUCAGCGUGAGGCAGAGGGAGUGGUGAGUUGCUGUAGCUGCUGAAAUGCGUAGGACCUGCCCUAUACACGCAGCCUUGCGGUCGCUGAGGACACGCUCAGGUGUCAGUCACAGCUUUUCCUCAGCGACAGAUAAAAUGCGGUUCUGUUACCAGCUGGGGGUAGCUUCUUUAAAAAAAAAAAAAAAAAAAAGCUGCUAAGAAGUCAUUUGUGUAAUGAGGGUAGAAGACUUCCACAUAUUCCUAUAGCCAUAAAAGAGGAGUUUGAUCAUAACGAGACGCUGUUGCAUUGCGACGCUGCCGUAGAAGGAGGAGGAAGGUUAUGUGUGUAUAAUUGAAGCUCUUUACAAUUGGAAUAAUGCAGGAUGAGCGUGCCUAGGGCUUUUCUCGCAGCUGAAGGAGAAUUUAGCCCAGCGUUUCACCUUGAGCCAGCAAAAACGUGGUUCCUGUGUUCAGUAAGCUCCAUAUGUGAGAUUAGUCUUGAUGUUGAACAAUCCCUGUUGAUUUUCCUUUGAUGUUAAGGCAACUCCGCAGCAAAAUGCAAUUAAGUCCAUGAUUACUUUCUCGAAUGAGAUACCAGGUCCCAGGCUUCCUUUCUGAAAUGUGCAAAAUCUAUUCUCCUACCCCCCUGCCUCGGCAGGCCCUGCUGAGCCCUCCGGGAGCAGGCGGGGGACUGCCCCGCCGCGGGCUGGCUGCGCGGGGCUGCCGGCCGCCCCAGCCCGGUGCCAGCUGCACAUCAUCCUGGUGGAGGGCGACGAGCCUGGGAACGGCAGAUGGGAAGCGCUCUUUGAAACGAGGAUUCAUUCUUCCCUCAACUGCCUUUCCGCUCAAAGGAUGCAGUUGCCGAGAUGGGAAAGCGAACGCUUUUUCCACCUCCUCGUCCCCGAUUCAAAUCCAGCCCCAGCUGACAGCGGGCAGGAGUCAUUAGCACGCCAAAGCAGCCAUGUCCUGCACGGAGCGAGCUUGGUGACUCCUGGGCCGGUUUCUAAUGCACAGAUGGUAAAAUAAUCCCACUGCCCUGCUUGCCAGCUUUGUUUGCUGCCUGCCUGCGAAAGGCCAGAGACCGACUGGGGACUGCAUUACCCCUUCCACCCCGUGCAGACGGAGCGGCGGGCGGCGCGGGGCGAGCUGUGCGUAGCGCGGCAUGUGGCUUUACCACGCGUCAGCGGGUUGACUCAUGGACCCAGGCAGCCGGCUGACACCCCUGGAGCUCCCAGCUCUUUGCUCCUCCCUUCCCCUGGACAUCUCCAGCUCACGGCAGAAACAUCUGCACCGCACGCCGAGCAGCUCCUGGCCGCCUACGUGUUAGGGCCCGGCAGCUUAAAAUCAUCCGGGGCUGAUUCCGGGUCCCCCCCGUGCAGCAGGGUGCGUGCAGCGGCGGUUCAGGGGUUGAGCUGCGUGUCGUUCAGCUGUCUUUGCUGUGGCUGGGGGCAGAGGGACAGCUGGGACAGCAACUGCUGUAGCAAUCCCAGUUUAAUCUGCCUGCGUCCGUGAGUCAGCACCCUGUGAGUGCAUCUGUCUCCAGCGCCGAGGCAGGACGUGCAUACGGAGUGAGGCAGCCUCGCUGCAAAAA